AUGCUGUUGAAUCUUGGCCUCACAGCGGAUGCCGCAGCUGCCCAUGCCAAUGAACCUAAGAAACCAGAAGCCAAGCCUUCCACGUGUACUACAUACUCGCCUGCGUUCUUACUGUCUGCUCUACCAUUGUUGAACUCCUUUUACAGCCCUCCUAGGCUGCCUGAUGGUUCUACUGAUUGUCCGGGCCUUGUAUCCGCUAUGACGAUGGAUUCGAUUGAGUCAGCCUCGGACUCGGGCGAACCCUCCAGAGAAUCAGCCAUGGUCGCCAGGCCUCGAGUUGCCCGUUCAAACACAGGUCGGAAGUCUCGACCCAAAACAUUGUAUCAAUUCGCCCACCCCGCCGCUCAUGCCCGCCACAAGCGAUUCAGAUUCCGUCCUAAACUCCUCCUACAACUGCAACAGGUGUCGCAAACCCCUCGGCCCCUACCAGUCGUGGACAUUCUGCCAUCGACGUCUUACCUCCCGCUACUGGCCCGCAAAUUCCCAGCCAUCUAUCGAACAAGAAACGGAUUGGGUCCAUAUGACCUCAUCGUGGUGUUGAGUGAACAAUACGACCGGGCGGUGGACAGCAUUCCUGAGAAACGUGUCAGCUCGGAGGAUGAGGACGAAGAUCAUCGCGAAGUCGUCGCUACUGUCUGUCAAAAAUAUCAAGGAGAUGCUCGCAUGAAUGGAAAGGCGGAGAUAUGCUUGAACUUCGGGCCGAUCUGGGAGGCCGCGCCUCUCCCAAGCGGGUCUUACGAGUUUGUCGCUCAGACAGAUAGCGGCGUGCAAGUCGUGCGGUGGGCUUUGCGUGGUGGGAGGAAUCGCCGGAUGACUAUGCCCACAGCGACACAAUCGCGCGAGGACGGCAAGCGCUUCACCUUCAGUGUCAUCGAUCCUACCACCCGCCGACAUCCCGUGCUCGCGUCCAUGACUCGAAAUCAGUUAGAAGUCAAUAAUGAAUAUUCCACGGCUGUUCGGUCUGGCACCGGCCCCACGACUCCAAGCUCAGGAAUGUCGGUCGUGAGUGAUGCUUCGGACGAGACUCCCCUCGAUGGCAGCUCAGUCAUUCUUGACGAUGGACUACGAACUUUGAUUGUCGUCACCGGCAUCUGGGUUGCCUUCCGUGAGGGGUGGUCAGACAAUUUCCGCUACAGUGACCCGGUGUCUUCGCCCGCAAAGUCGAGUACGUCUCCGACAUCCGCCAAGUAUGCAUCCCCGACGACCUCCAAGAAUGAAACCGACUCUUUCCCGAAUGUCGCUGAAGAUGGCAAGCGCUGCUUGUCAGUUUCCAGUGUCCGCCGUUCCCAAAUUAUGGAUGGAGGUAGUUUGUCCAGGCGCUCCAACUCCACCGGUGCUGCAUUCAUGGAUCGAGCGAAACGACGAUCCGCUUCUGGGCUGAGUACUCGUCUGAACCGACACAGCAUGUUCACUACCUCCGGCGAGAAUGGCCGCGAUAUCGUUGUCUCCCGUCCCCCUUCUCCUCGCCCACCGUCCGCUGAGGUGGAAGAUUCUUCUCGAGCUGUUUAUCCUAGAGCGAAGUCCCCCGAAAAAGCCCAGCCGGAAAGAGAAACCGUUCGAUCAAAACCGCGGCCAGAUCGAGAUCCGCCUGCCUCAAAUUCCCACCUCAUGCACCAUAAUAGCACCCGCAAGAAGAAGUCGGAUGCUCCGCUCCCUGGAGCUGUCGACUCGACCAAAAGCAAACUCAGCCGCCGCCUGAGUACAUUCUUUGGCAUUUUCCACCGAAAACACGAUACUCAUUGA